AUGUCGUCAUCUAGUCGAGAAAUUGUUACAAUUCAAGUUGGUCACUAUUCGAAUUAUAUCGGUACACAUUUAUGGAAUAAUUUUGAUGUAGAAUCGUCAGUAGAUUAUUACAAUACGUCAUUUUUCAACAUAAAUGAAAAUAAACGUACUCCACGUUUAAUUUUAUUUGAUCGACGAGGUGCAUUAAAAUGGUUAUCGAAUGUUGUUGAUCCUUCUUCUUCUCAAACACAUGAAUUAGAUGCAAAUACAGAGUAUAUAGAUCGUUCAAAUGGGGAUAAUGAAAAAUCAGACUAUUUGAAAGAUUUAGAUAACAUAAAAGAAAAAAAAGAAAAACUUGAACCAACAAAUUUUGAACAAACAAUUCGAUCAUGGCCAGAUUUUCUACAUACAAAAUUAACAUUUAAUCCACGUUCAUUAAUAACAUUGCAAGAUCAUUGGCAUAACGAUUCCGAUAAUAAUAAUGAACAAUUUGAUAUUUAUCAUGCUGGUAUUCAAGCCUACAAGCAACAAGUUAAUGAAAUUGAAGAAACAUUUCAUUAUCUACUUGAACAAUGUGAUUGUCUACAAGGUUUUCGUUGUUUAUGUGAUACGACUGAUGGAUUUUCUGGUCUAUAUUCAAGUAUUCAAGAUUAUCUAUAUGAAGAAUGUCCAAAACGUCCAACAUUUACAUAUUUAAAUUUUAAACCCAAAACAGAUUCAAAACAAAAUCAAACGGAUUUAUUGAAUUUUUGUUUGACAUUUGCUAAUUCUGUAUGUACAAAUGAAAUGCCAACAAUACCAUUGAGUCUUCAAUAUCCAUUUGAAUCAAAUAAUAAAAAAGUAGAAUUUUCAUCGGUUAAGUAUGAUUCAACAUCAUUUUAUCAAACAAGUUUUCUUCUUAGUAUAGCUAUUCAACAUUCAUUAAUUUCAUCAUCAUUUACAUAUGACACAUUAGUAGAUCGAUUGUGUCCAAGAAAAAAUUAUCUAUUAUCAUUAUCAUCUAUGUUACCAUUUGAUUUCAAUUCAUCUUCAACAUUAUUAGCUUAUCUACAAGAUCGUGAUCUAUUUUCAGAUUUGACAAAUUUAACACCAUUUAUAAAUCAGGAGAAAAUAGACAAUAAUCCAUUGGCUUGUCAUUGUUUUAUUCGUGGUAUUAAUCAACAACAUUUAUAUAAUCGACAUACUACUCAAUCAACACUUCAGUUUAACUCUGCUUCAAGUUUAAUCGACAAUUAUUUUCAUGAACAAUAUCCAACAACAAUGAUCACGUCAUCAUCAUCAUGGGAACAUAAGUUAUUAUUUCAAUUACCUUAUCCAUUUAAACAAUUAAAUAACAAUUCCCUACUGACAAUGGUAAAAAAUGAUAAAAAUAAUUCUAAAUCUUUUAUAAAAACACUAAUGGAUUAUAAAAAGAUUUAUUUAAAUAAUUAUAAUAAAUUGUCAAAACGUUACGAAGAAUAUGGUUUUGAAUAUGAUCAAUUUGAACAAAUGGAAACAGAUUUAAAAUAUCUUGAUGAUUUGUAUAUUUAG